AUGAGCGUCGUUGGUAUACUCGCCGAUGACGAAGAUCCCAUGGUUUCCGUCAUGAAGGUAGAAAAGGCUCCGUUGGAGACUUAUGCGGACAUUGGCGGUCUAGAGUCGCAAAUUCAAGAAAUCAAAGAAGCCGUGGAACUGCCCCUGGCGCAUCCCGAAUUGUACGAAGACAUUGGGAUUAAACCACCAAAGGGUGUCAUUUUGUACGGAGAACCCGGGACGGGGAAGACGCUGCUCGCCAAGGCCGUGGCCAAUCAAACCUCCGCCACAUUUUUGCGCGUCGUCGGCUCGGAACUUAUCCAAAAAUACCUCGGCGACGGACCCAAGCUGGUCCGGGAACUGUUCCGCGUUGCGGACGACUUGUCCCCGACAAUUGUCUUUAUCGACGAAAUUGAUGCCGUUGGUUCCAAGCGCUACGACUCCGGUUCCGGUGGAACGCGCGAAAUCCAACGUACCAUGCUCGAGUUGCUGAACCAACUGGAUGGCUUUGACGAACGAGGGGACGUUAAGGUGAUUAUGGCCACCAACCGUAUCGAAAGUCUAGACCCAGCAUUGAUUCGACCCGGACGAAUCGACCGUAAAAUUGAAUUCCCGUUACCCGACGUGGUCACGAAACGACACAUUUUCAAUAUCCACACGAACAAAAUGACACUCUCCGCGGACGUGGAUCUGGAAAAAUUCGUCAUGUCGAAGGACGAUUUGAGCGGCGCCGAUAUCAAAGCGGUUUGUACAGAAGCAGGUAUGCUUGCCCUGCGGGAACGAAGGAUGAAGGUCUGUCAAGACGACUUUGUCAAGGCGAAAGAGAAAGCGCUGUAUCGGAAAAAGGGCAACACUCCGGAAGGAUUAUAUCUUUAA